CGCGGCCACGUACAAAGGGCAGGUCUGACAUGGAGCGGUCGAAAGGCCGGCAAGCGGGGACGCUGCCGUCCCCAAAGCGCAUUCCACUUCAGGUUCCCAUGUCGCCACCAAGAAUUGCCGUGUCGCCCAUCGUAUACGCUGCAGAAUCGUCGUCUACAAGCUCAACACCCACACCGCCCUCGUCCGGUUCUGCCAUUGACCGAGAUGCGCUGGCAGUGAAGGUGUGUCCUUCGUGCCGCGAAGAGUUCUCGCUUUUUCGAAGGCGGUAUCGAUGCCCGGUACAGUCGCAAACUUUCCAUGUUCGUCAAGCUCAGACUAUCGUUGCAGUACUGCUUGGACGUGGUGUGUCGAAAAUGUUCCAAGUCCCUCAAGAAAGGUCAACACCACAACGACGUCAUUCCCCAUACCUCGACAUCGACACCAACCUCCCCCAACUCUUCAGCGGGAAGCAGUCCGUUUGAUGACGGGACGAUGUCCCAGUCGUCGAUUUCGUCGUCCGUGUCGAGCAACGUGUCGUCGACGUCGAAUCGCCGUGUCAAGGCGCGAUGUUGCAAAACAUGUGCCACGUUCACACCUACAAUGAAAGCUCCGUCGCGAUGUGAGUUAUGCCGUUCGACAGCUGCUGUCUUCCGCAAGAAACUCAAGUGCCAAGUGUGCCAAAAAUUUGCGUGCAAGGCGUGCGGGGAACAUCAAGACGGAGUUCCGUUUGGCAUCCAGAGUGAAGCAAAAGUGUGGAUUUGUAACGUAUGUGUCGGCACAUUCGAGAAGCAACGAGAGAUAUUGCUUCAGCAUUGCCAUCUUUGCAAGGAAAAGUUCGCCGAAUUCAAACGCCGCUGCAAGUGCAAGUCGUGUGGGGCAACAACGUGCGUGCAGUGUUCGGUAUCAGUUGAGGCAACGACACCCGGACAGACCCUCAAACUCUCUGUGCGAGAAUGUCGACAGUGUGUGGAGGCAUCGAAAGCGAAAGCGCCAAGGAGUGAAGACGACGCCACAAGUCGCACAAGUAGCUUGCACCUCAUAUCUGCCUUCGAGUUCUCCAAGGAUGAUCGCGACAGGUCGUCCUUUGGGUCGCUGAUGCGGACAGUCGAGAGGUCGUGUGCUGGCGUCCUUAUUGCCGUCGGUGUGACCGUCGUCAUAGUCGUUGCUCUCCUUGUGUACUUCUAUGUUGUGUCGAUGGUGAUCGACGACUCGUGGGUCGCGGCAUGGUACCGACACAAUCAAGAAGACCUCUAGUUGAUGUGACCGUUCGCGCGCAAAUUUGAAAAUGUCGACUGAUUAUUAAAAAUCCAGAUAUGGUGUGUUGAUAUCCGGAUAUUGUCCAGA